AUGUUCACCGAAACCCAAGUCAGCCAAGCCCUGGAGGAGCUCAAGACGCCCGAUGUGUCAAACUGGGAGGUCUUUGCCGAGGUAGCCAACUUUCGAGUCUUUCGCCGAUCAGUCACAGGCAGCGCUCUGAAGGAAUACAAGGUCCUCGGAUCAUACCCCGACCUUCCUGUCCGCUACCUCAUGCGAGCCUACACUGAUCUGGACUUGCGCAAGACCUGGGACAAGAACAUGUCAAGCUGGCAACCCCUCGACAACGACCGGCUCCAUUUUGUUGCCAAAUUCCCCUGGCCCUUAUCUCCUCGGGACUAUGUGUAUGAGUUGAGGGUCCAAAAGUUUGACAGUGGGGUUGUUUGUAUCAAUGGCAAGAGUGUGGUCGAUGACAAGAUGCCAGAGAAGUCCGGAGUUGUGCGAGUGGACGAGUUCCGUCAAGAUGUUAUUAUCCAGCCCACGGAGGAUGGCAAAGGAUGUAACAUUUGGUUUGGGUAUUUUGAUAACCCAAAGGGAAACAUCCCAACAAGCAUUAUCAACUGGGCAGCUAAAUCCGGUGUUCCUGCGUUUUUGAACUCGCUCAGGGAUUGUGGUCGCAAGUUGAUGUCGAAGGAUGCUGAGGACAAUGAAAAAUCGCAGCCCUUGUCGGCCAGUGAGACGCCCAUUGCUGUCAGAUCGUAG